UCAGAUCAAUCAGCAGGCACAAAAGCGUUUCACAGGAUUACCUGUCUUCAAUUAGUCUAGUCAAAAUCAAUGACGUUCAGUCUUUUUAUUGCUUUUAGAUACCCUUUUUUCUGUUUGAGGGGAUGGGAACUGGCGAUGGUUUUUUUCGUGUCGAUAUGCUAGCUGAACAUCAAUAAUUCAUUGGAAAUGUUUUUUUCUUAUUAACGAGCGCUUGGAAUUUGUGGUAUACCUUGAUACGCUCAAUGUAUUAAGAUGAGCUAGCUUGCUUUCUUAAAGGAAAUAAUGGCUUUAUUUGAUGCGUUCUUUUCGAUUCGAUGCUUUUUAUAAGCUAUUCAAUGAACGACGAGCCAUCAAAUGCAUAUGAUUGUUAGUUGCUCUUCAAUUAUUUCCUUUCUUGCAAAACUGGGAAAUUACUUAGUUUUUUGUCAAUGUCUGUUAUUUAUUCGGUUACUUCGAUUUCCUGUCCUGAUUUUCAGAUUACCAGAGAAUGUAGCUUAAAAUAGAGACAGUAUGUUGCACACCUGAGACGAAUGAGAAGAUAGAUUAGAACUUAAGUUAGCGUGCGAAUCGACGAAUGCCAUGUGUCCAAAUUGGCUUCAAUUAUAGGAGUGCUUUCACAAUAUAUACAUCAUCCUAGGUUCAAUAUCACGAUAAAAGAAAUUAGUCAGUAUGCUGUGUCACCUACUCGGUCUGUGAUCUGAAUUAUCGACUUGGAUUUGACUUAAAUUACUUAAUAACGACGAAAAUUUGAAUGUAUUUACGUAGGAGUUACGCUCUCAUUACGUAAUUAUUCGUGACGAGAACGUGAAGGAAAAUGGUCAGUAACUACAGCACACUGGCACCCGCUCCCGCGGUGCGACUGGAGAACGAGGCAGCGUGUCUGACGGAGAACAGAAACUACACCAGUCUCUACAGACAGGACUACGGGGGUGUGCACAUCACAUUCGCACUCAAUGCUGGACUCACGAUACUCAUCGUCCUUCUGUUCUCAUUCAUGCGAAAAGGAAUCGGGGGAUACGCGAGAUUAGGAGUCACGAUGGUCCGUUCUGGACUCCCAAACAUUAUGACCGCGACUGCAAAUCGAAUCAGCGAAGCUGGCCAGAAGAUCAGACAUUCUAGAAUUGUGAGUCAGAAUGUGGCCAACUCUUCUUACGAAGUGAACGGGGGUGGAUCAGAGUACAACGAAAAGACCUCGCUUCCGAGAAGCCGAUUGAAAGGCAACGCGCGGAUAAGCGUCUCUAAUCUACGGCGAAGUACGAUAAUACCAGGUGUCGAGGACGGAGACGAGUUUGCCACGCUCCCAAUCUCCGAAGUGUUAGAUAUGGGCGACAUCCAGCUGGAUGCAGAUCUGAUCGCCACGACCAACAAUAACAAUAAUAGUUUUGACGUCAUAGACAGAAAUGGAGGUAGUCGGAGGAUAGCAAAUGGAGAUCAAGUGGACGGGACAUCAUCCAAUGGACUGACAAUAACUGCAUCGACUUCAAACUCGUCACCGAAUAGUGGAGGAAAAUUGAUUAACAUAGGAUCAGACAAAACAGAACUGGAAAAGCGAAGAGUGCGGAUUUUGGACGAGGACGAGCGGAAUCUUUUCUCCUGGAUCAAGUUGACCCUAACUCUAAACAUCUCGGACUUCGGCCACAAGGUCAACCAGGACUGUGUACAGUAUCUCCACUUUCAGAGACACGUGAUCGGAUUCAUGUUGCUGAAUACUAUUAUAUGCAUGCUAGUGCUGCUACCGAUCAAUGUUGUGGGAGGCAAUCAGUUCUCAAACAACACCAAGAGUUUCGGGCGUCUCACGCUGAAUAACCUGGAGCCAGAUAGCAACCUGUUAGUGGUCCAUAGUAUCUACGCAUUCGCAAUGUGUAUUUUCAUUCUUGUGAUCAUGGAUCGGUUCGAGAAGAAGUAUGUGCAUGAGGACCCCUCCAUGCAAACAACAGUCCUCGUCAAAAAUUUCCCAAUCCGAAGGGCAUUAUUCGAAUCGGGAAUCAAAGGAAAGCCACACUUACUACUGUCGAGGCUGGAGACGUACUUCACUCGCGUGCUAAAGAUACUGCCUUCCAAUUUCCAAAUCUACCUCACCUUUGACGUAAGCGACCUUGAAAAGUUAGUCAAAAGGUACUAUAAGUACACAGAGUGUAUAGAUUACGUAAUGCGUAAAAAUGAGAAAGCCCGUCUAUCUAAACGAGAGCAACAGCUGGAUGCGAAAGAACAAGUUGAACUUAAUAGUCUACCGAGAAGUAAGCCAGAGGAGUCACGUGAUAUUAUAUCAUUUGAUGACGUAAUGAUUACGGUGGAGAAUCAAGAGGUAGGGGCUGAUGCAGAGGAAGUGGUAGGAGCUAAUGGUGACGAGGAGUCACCGAGUCCCUCGGAAGUUGUGGAAAAGAGUUACGUGAUGGACUCGAGGGAAUUUGCAGCGAGGCAAAACUCAUCAUCGAAGCGGCUGAAGUGGCGCGGCCAUGAAAAGGAUUACAUAAAUCUUCAACCAGUUUCAAACUAUCUCAGCGAUGACAUCACCACGCUAGGCUCUGACGUCAUCACGGACGCAGACGUCAAAAUCGACAAUCACUCUCAGCCGCGAGUUCACAUAAACUGCGACGAACCCUCGACCUCGAAAGCCAACUGCACGUAUAACGGCAGAAGUUCUGCUCAGUCGCCCAAAAUAGCGAUCAAAAAGGCCUCAAUGAAGAUAAGAGAGAGCGUACAUUUGAAUAAUUUGAAUCUAAAGUUCAACAAAUGCUGUGCAGGUUUUCUGUGCCCAUUUUGCAGCGAGACUAGAAAUGCGUUCGAGUAUUACACGGAGAAGAGAGAAGAGGUGGUCAAAAAGAUUGUUAAGUUGAUCCAAACGCGCCCAUUUGAACAGAGGACUCUGCCGAUGUUCUUUCUCACUUUACCUUCAAAAAAGGUGGCGGACACGAUCUGCAACUUUUUGCCUUAUGAGCAGACUCUACACACACAUCAGUGGGAGGUCACAAUGGCGCCCAAUGUGGAUGACGUCAUCUGGGAGAACCUCUCCCUCUCCACUGUCAGCAAACGAGUCAGGUGGUGCAUCGCUCAGGUGCUGUUCGUAGUGCUAUUCUUCUUCAUAUCAACUCCUUCGAUCGUCAUUGGAUUCACCAACUACCUGAACGAACACACCAAGUGGAAAGAUUACCUCGAAAAGGUGCCCCUCAUGAAGGUCUUUGUCGGACCCCUCAUCUUUGUCAUUCUAGCCGCCCUCUUACCCUUCUUGGUCAUUCUUAUCUCUGACGUCAGAGGAUUCAGCACCAAGUCAAGGCUGAAUUUCUACAAUUAUAGACGAGUGUAUAUAUUCCUGUUCUUCAUGAUCCUUGUCCUACCAAGUAUCGGCUUGACGAACAUCGUCGAUUUGAUCCGAGAGUUCUUCGAAGGCGUGAACAACCUAAACUACACGUGUAUAUUCAGACCAGAUAACUCAGCCUUCUUUGUGAAUUAUAUAAUAUCGGCUGCCAUGUUGGGCCUGAUGGCGGAAUUGCUGCGAAUAGCCGAUAUGUUAUUCUAUCUGAUUCUUCUUAUUCUGAUGAAAUCUAAAGCGGAGCGAAAGUAUGUGAAGAAACAAUCUAUUCUCCAAUUUCCAUACGGAUACUGCUACGCUUUUCAAUUACUGGCUGUUUGUGUAGUGAUCGUGUACUCUCCAAUUUGCCCAAUUAUUGCGCCAUUUGGCUUAAUUUACAGUCUGAUGCGCCACUAUGUGGACAGAUACAAUCUCUACUUCUCCUUCGAACCCUCAAAAUUGAACCAGAAUAUCCACAAAUCAUCCACUGUCAUUCUCCUCUCGGCUGGAUUUCUCAGUUUGGUCCUGCUGUUCAUCUACAGUUUAAUCAAAUCCGAUACAGACAAGAAGCUCAAGAACCUCAACUCCAUCAUCCUCCUAAUCCUAAUCAUCCUAGUAGUCUGCUACUGGACCAUAAAGAAGUUCCUCUACAUGGUCAACUCAGUCUCUAAAGGCGUGAUCGAAACCUCAAAUCUGAUCAAACAGGCGAGCGAAGAAAACAUUCUAGCAGCAGGGCAAGGAGGAUCGAACGCACAGGCAGUGCCGAAGUACAGCGCAACAGCGAAUAAUUCUACUAACCAGUCUUUGAACAAUAUUGCAGAAGAUUGUACAGGGAACUACCAACGUACGGAAAGCGAGCCAAUCAUUGAUGUUGUCAGUCGAAACGACACAGCCAUGUCUAAUAACGGAAGCUUCCUGAAUACACCAAUGAAUAAAAAAGCUGCAACUUUCGAUACUGCCGAACACGAUGCGGAGAGGACGUUUCUAAAUACCCCGAUUUCGCUGAAAAAGAAACCGAAAAAGAUUUCAAAGCCCUCCGAUUUUCAAUUGGAUCCCAUAAGCGAAUUGGAGAAAUAUUUGCCACCGAUAUACCAUCUCUUGAAGAGUCCGGAUGUGGCAUCAAAAUUGAAAGUUUCGUUGCGACCGAAAGGAAAGUCUUGGUUCUCUCAGGGACCGGACAAGAGUCUGACUGGAAGUAUGAAAACUGGUCGCAAAUUCGAGCCAGUGAGGUCUCACAGGCGAAGUGCGAGUGACGGCGGAAAAUUGGACGCAUCGGGAAAAGAGAAGAGUAGUUCGAAGAGUAAAGCUCGAAAGUCAAAAGACGAGUUGUUCGGUUCACAAAAAAGAGACACGGACAAUCAUGCUGCUACGAGCGGUUCAAACAAUAUUAUCGGAGACGCUAAUAAUGCAGAACCACAGGCUAUAACAGUAGAUUUUGCGGUUUAAUUUUCAGGUUUGAAGAGUCUAAUUUUUUAUUGUGUAAAUAUUGUCAGUUGCAUUAGUGUGUUAGAUAAAAAAAUGUUUCGCCUAACCCUAAAUAAAAAUCAAUUAACUGAAAAUGAUUGUUUGUAUCGACGAAAGAUUAAAAAAUUAAAGACUA